AUGCGUCUUCAAUUGGACAAAUUUGGCCAAAUUAAGAACUGGAUUCAUAUAGGCCAGGCAAUUGUGCUAUUUCUUGCCUGGGUCCUCACAAUAGCCGUUUUCACCAAAGAUGGAAGCACUGACGGUCGAGUGGGCUGGUACUUUGGGCUGUGCUGGCUCACCAUCCCUAUUUUAAUCUACCUGACUAUGGUCCCCAUGUGGUCCCGCGCCCGACGCUUUGCAAAUGUCUACGCUUUUGCCUCUCUUGACGGUCUCUCUGUGAUUUUAUGGCUCAGUGCUUGGGCGGCCGUCGCCUCAUACGUGUCCUCGGGCAAAGGGAAAGGCGACAAAGAAGAUGCAUCAGGCUGUGACAAUUUCAAAUACGGCAGUGCCAGCCGCUGCCAGCUCAGCGAAGCGAUCAUCGCAUUCGGCGUCAUUGAGAUGCUCCUGUUUGUCGCCACGGCUUUCAUCUCGUUCCGUGCGGUCAUGAACUUCAAGCGAACGGGCAUGAUGCCUUCACCUCCGGUCGAUCACACGAGUGGGAAAGCCAGUGACUUCUCGGCUCAGACUCAAGAUGACUUCUCGAGUAGUAUGCGGGCGGAUGAGGACUUUGACGAGGAGCAACACCAUGCAGGCAGACAGGAUUAUGCGUACCAGAAGCCGGCAUACGACGAUGAAUAUGCCCCGAUUCACCAGACCGACCAUGAUGAUAUCACACAAAUGCCGGCUGUCCAGCCCCAAAGUCCAUUGAAUCACAGCGGUCUCGGCAUCCAUGACUAUGAUACAAGCUACAACGGCGCGUAUGGCGGUCAAGGUGGCCGGGAUGCUUCAGGACGAUAA